UCGUAUUUUAUAUUGUCAGCUUCUAAUUUAAACUUAUAGAAUUCGCGAAGAAGAUGGUAAAUUUAGAAAUGUAUUGCUCUUAUUAUGAGUGAAAUCGAGGAAGAAAAAUAUGUAAAUGGAUGCAGAUUGAGCAGUAGCUUGUUGGAAUUAGAGCCAUUCAAGGUAGUUGUCGCGGAAGCGAAAUCAGUGACGGAUAAAGGAAAAGUUCCCAGUAAAAAUUACAAUAUUCCAUCUCGCGGAGAAAGGACUGAUUAUUCACCAGCAGGCCGUUAUAAUAAUAAUAUAAUGCGACAAAUUAAUACUGAAAACACUUCCAACGAACGGCCUUCGCUACCGACAGGGAACAUGGCAGGUGCCAAUACAACCAGCGUAUCCUGUGACAAUAUCUUUGAUAUAUCUGAAUUGCAAGUUAAACGCAGUAAUGGCAAAUCAACGAGUCCAGGGCAGCGCUCUCAUUCUGAUGCUUUUGAUUAUGUAGACGAGAAACGAAACCACAGUUUGCCAAAAUCAAUCCAGCGAACACCUAGCAAAGAGAGGCUCCUAGUAAAUGAAUAUCCUGAAAAUCGACUUCCAUCCGAGCUUAAAAAGACAAAACCUAAGAAACCAAAUCGAGAGAGUCUGAGGCGAUCGAGGCAAGACAUCGGUUCGAGUCAUCUCAAUCUACAAAAUAAUAAUCGUUCAUCAAUUCCGCAAAGUUUGGCAUUGGAGUCGACUGGAAAAGCACAAAAUGUUCACGACUACGAAGAACUUCCAGUAGAUCAACUUGAUAUACCCACGGAUGUGAAGAUUCUUCAGCAGCGAAAACUUCCACAAAUUUCUCCCGAGUCACAAACCGGGAAGUUCGUUCCAGAUCAAGAAAUGAGUAGUACUGGGUUUACCCCAAUCUCAUUCCAGAAAAAAGAAGCAACAACACCUUCAGAAAAAAUUAAAAAUCCAAGACAACGAUUGAACCCUAUGUAUGCUGGUUUGCACAUGAACUUGUACGAUCACGGACCUGGUUGCGAGGAAUCAAACCAGAAGAAGCCACCCAUCAAAUGUUUUCGAUGCCUUGUAGCUGGAGUUAUUGUGGCAAUCAUUUUAAGUUUUUUAUCGAUUGUUGCUAUAUCGCUUUUUAUUUUAGGAUUCCUGGAUCCGUUGACAGCUGGUAUUUCAAGCCGUGGAAACUUUCAAACAAAUGUUACUCAAGAACUUCUAAAUGCGCGUACCCAGCUGAAACAGCAAAAUGAACUGAUAUCAAAAUUGAAGGAAGAAGUAUCCGAACUAAACAUCUCAUCGAUCAACUCUGAUACCAGAAUAGACGACAGAUUUGAGGAGGCAAAAAUCCAGCUGGUGGAAGCUGUGAAAUCACUGAACAUUUCUGCGUUGAAAGGACCUUCUACUGCGGAUGUUGCUAAUUGCGUGCAUAAGACAUUUGGUAUUGGAACUUCACCUACAAGAAAUGAGAUUGAUAGCGGAAAAUAUUUUGCGGAAGAGGGUUACGUUACGACAGGAGUUACAUGCUCCGCGUCUACCGGUUACGUAGCUUACUUGAAGACAAGAGAGGAAGAGGUCGAAAUAGGCGACAAAGACUCUGAUGUGCUUCCACCUCCCCGUACUGUUUAUAGUUGUGCUUGUCAUAAAUCACCAAACCUCGCUUUGCCAGCAACAGGGGAGCGAGUUGAAUGCAGUAUCCAUUACUGGCAGUGCCCGAUACUAUGAUCAUUCUCAUUAUUUAUGCUCAACCAAUCUACCGAAUACGUUCAAUUAACAUAAACACGUAGGACGACGCUGAGACACUCGUGCGGGGAUUGCAAUCAUCUACAACCGUGAAUGAUGCCUCUAGUGAUGACGCCGGCAUCGGCGUCCGUGCGCCAAUAAAUGUGGAAUAUCAGGACUGGUGCGAUCUCUGGCACUCAAUUUUAUAAAAUUCUUGUGCGAAAACUUGGAUUUGCAUACAUAUGAAUUGUCAAAAAGCGUUUAUAAUACAGUGGCAUAUCUUUUCAAA